CCCAACACUUUCUCCUGCCUUUUCCUUUUUAGUGAAAUGUUGCCUUUAACCAAUUGCAUAGAGAAGGUGAAUUAAGUGCUCUUACCCUUUCUCAUAAUACAAGAUCAAGGGGACAGUCAGUGAAAUGGAAAGGCAACAAAUACGACAUUGAUUAAAUGCUUUUUUUACCCAAUGCAUAUGUAACCUGUGGAACUCACUACGGCAAGAGUUUAGCAAUAUUUUACAGAGGAUUCGAUAAUGAGCAUGCAGAAUUCAGAGGGCGGAUCAGAUUCAGCGACGUCUGUGGCACUGCGUACUUCUGCAUCUGCUCAAGCUCCAGUAGUGCAGCCAGUGCCAGCCUCCCAGCAGAGGAUUUUGGUUCAAACAACAAGCUCUUCUCCCAAAGGAGCACAGAUGCAGCAGAUCUCCAUUCCCAGAGUUCAGCAGGUCUCACAGCAGGUGCAAACUGUGCAGCAUGUGUACCCAACCCAGGUCCAGUAUGUGGAAGGAGGAGAGGCUGUCUACACCAAUGGAACCAUCCGAGCCGCCUACUCCUACAACACUGAAGCUCAGAUUUAUGCCCCCAGCAGCGCAGCUUCCUAUUUCGAACCGCAGGGAGGUGGAGCACAGGUGACUACAGUGGCAUCCUCUCCUACAGCCAUUCCCUCUCACAGCAUGGUGGGCAUCACUAUGGACAUUGGGGGAAGUCAGAUCCUCUCCAGCUCGGGAGCCUAUCUCAUUCAUGGGGGGAUGGAAAACACUAGACACUCUCUGUCACUAACUUCACGCUCCUCUCCAGCAACGCUUGAAAUGGCGAUUGAAAACCUACAAAAAAAUGAAGGGAUUACAUCACACAAAAGCAGUUUGCUCAACAGCCAUCUCCAGUGGCUGUUGGACAACUAUGAGACUGCUGAAGGUGUGAGUCUUCCUAGGAGCUCGUUGUAUAACCAUUACUUGCGGCACUGCCAAGAGCACAAACUGGAUCCGGUGAAUGCUGCUUCCUUUGGAAAACUGAUUCGUUCUGUGUUCAUGGGGCUGAAAACUCGGCGCUUGGGAACAAGGGGAAACUCCAAGUAUCAUUAUUAUGGGAUCCGUCUAAAGCCAGAAUCUCCACUGAAUCACUUACAGGAAGACACACAGUAUAUGGCGAUGAGGCAACAGCCCAUACACCAGAAACAAAGGUAUAGACCUGCACAGAAGAUGGAAGGCAUAAGGGAGAGUGGAUCCAGCAGUAGCCUGCACACUACUCCAGAACAGUCUGUUGCAGCUCAAAGUCAACACCAUCAGCAGUUUAUAGAUGUAACCCAUGUCUUUCCUGAUUUCCCGGCACCUGAUCUAGGAAAUGUCCUCUUACAAGAGGGGAUCACCAUGAAUGAUGUCAAGACUCUACAGCUUCUUUACAGACGACACUGUGAGGCCACUUUGGAUGUUGUAAUGAACCUUCAGUUUCAUUACAUUGAGAAGCUAUGGCAGUCCUUCUGGAGUUCUAAAACACCAUCCAGUGAUGGCUCCACCACCAUGCCUUCCAGUGAAGAAGAACAUGAAGGGGUCAUCCCAAAGGACAAGCUCAUCAGCCUGUGUAAAUACGAUCCUAUCCUGAAAUGGAUGAGAAGCUGUGAUCACAUCCUGUAUCAGGCCCUGGUGGAGAUCCUCAUCCCUGACGUGCUAAGGCCGGUGCCUGGCACCUUGACGCAAGCCAUCCGCAAUUUUGCAAAGAGUUUGGAAGGAUGGCUGAUGAAUGCAAUGAGCGAUUUCCCCCCACAGAUAGUCCAGACAAAGGUUGGAGUAGUGAGUGCCUUUGCACAGACAUUACGGAGAUACACUUCCCUGAACCAUCUGGCUCAGGCAGCUCGCGCUGUGCUCCAAAACACCUCCCAGAUAAACCAGAUGCUCAGCGACCUCAAUCGAGUGGACUUCGCCAACGUGCAGGAGCAAGCCUCAUGGGUGUGCCAGUGUGAAGAAGGCAUGGUGCAGAAGCUGGAGCAGGAUUUCAAACUCACACUACAGCAGCAGAGCUCCCUUGAUCAGUGGGCCAGUUGGCUGGAUAACGUUGUCACCCAAGUUCUAAAGCACCACGAGGACAGCCCCAGCUUCCCCAAGGCAGCUAGGCAGUUCCUGCUGAAGUGGUCCUUCUAUAGCUCUAUGGUGAUCCGUGACCUCACCUUGCGCAGUGCUGCCAGCUUUGGUUCCUUCCACCUGAUUCGCCUGCUCUAUGAUGAAUACAUGUUUUAUCUGGUAGAGCAUCGUGUUGCCCAGGCAACAGGGGAGACACCAAUUGCUGUAAUGGGAGAGUUCAGUGACCUUGCAUCCAUGUCCUCAACACUGCUGGAUAAAGAUGACAUUAGCGACCUUGGAGGCGAGGCAGACGCAGAUUCCCGAAGUGUCGGCGAGCCACUAGUGAAGCGAGAACGUAGCGACCCCGGCUACUCGCUGCAGGAGAUCUAGAACAGGGACUUGGGUUUCCUCCAGCCAGCUGAAAUGUCUGAAGACUUUUGGACCCGGGUUUGAAAGUCAAGCCUGAGUUUCCUAGUACUCGGCGAUAUUAGUGCCUCUUAGUUUAUCUUAAUGUUUACUUCUGUUCGAGAAAGGGUUUAAGGCCAUGUGAGCAUUUGUAAAGGAUGCAGCGGUUUGUGAAGAGGGUAGCAGUUUGUCCGUAGAGGAGGAGCCGAUUGGAAGCCUGCUUUCUCCAUCUGUCUCCAUGUAAAAGGAGCACAAGUGGUAGGUGAAGGGUGAUGGUUCAAAAAAAAUCCAUGAAGGACAAUGCCUUCAUUGUUGACAAUGAAUUGAAUUCCCUGGCCUUGGGAUGCUCUCAGGACAGGUUGCUUGAGUCCUGUUGGACUGAUCAGGUUGCUUUGGAGUAGAGGGGGUCAGAUUAGGGGUUAAGGGGGCUUCUGUUUCAGGGGGAAGGGUUUGGGUUUCUUCUCCGCUUUUUCAGACUUCACUGUGAUAUUGGAACUUGCACCAGUCAGUGCCCGAGAAGAACCCGCCUAUGCCCUUUUGGGAUGGGGCAUCCAGCCUGGCCCUGCCUUUGCCAAAUCGUUCACACUGUGGGAUUACAGUACAACCUUCUCUUGUACCUACCUGGAGAGAAGGGCCCUGUGCUAUGUGUCUGUCUGACCCGUGCAGGGUGGUGCGUAGUGUGUAGUUUGGACUUUGCAUGACAACUUUCCUACCCGCUCCUCUGUUACUUGCUGUGUAUUGCUGCUUUUAGUCUAUGGAUGAUUCUGUGACCUCCCUGUAAAUGGUCCAGAACUCUGACUCUCACGGGAGCGUCUGGGACCCUUUCUGUCUGAUCUGAGAUACCAAAGGAUUUGGAGGAAGCAGCAGCUGGUCACAACAUUUGUUCUUUGCCCUCCAUGCUCUAAUGCGAACAGUAACUGUAGGGAGACAACAAAAGGAAUAAGGCACGUACAUCCUCACUGGGAUAUUUCAGCGCAAGGCAGAUUCAGGCCUAGAGCCUCAGCACCCGUUAUAAUUUUUAAGAGUCAGAUCUGCCAUGCUGCCAAAAUGUUGAAUGUAGGGUCCGGGGGAGGGGGAGGGGGCACCUAACCCAGGGCACAGGCUCGUGGCAUGAGCAUGGAUGCUGGGGUUACAUUGCAGUGCCUUAGGGAGGACCAGCGCACCUGCUUUCCUCUGCCGUUCCAGUUUAAACUGAUACAGUAGUGCCUGUCGCUCGGAAUACGAGGUCUGAAAACAGUAAAUUAGCCAGUUUCCAUGUAGCAUUCGUGAGCUCCUGGUGGGGCCCUUUGGCCACAUUCAUGCUCCACCCUACAGUGGCAACUCCCAGCCUUGUAUCAUUUACCACUUCAGGUCAUUCUCAUUGCUGUGACCGAACACUGAACAUGUGUGGCUUAGAGAACUCUGUCCCAAUGUGUUUAUGUACACUGCUAUGGCCCGGAGGGCUUAUGUUAUGUCAUUACCUAUGCGGUGUGAGAAGGGACAAAAUUCUAGCAUCAAACCAAACUGCAAAAAAAAAAAAAAAAAAAGUGCAAAUCUUUGUGAAUAAAGGCAGUGUCAUAACUAGCUUUCAUUA